CAUCAUGGUCCACUUUCCCCAAUCCCACCGACCUUAAAAUUUUGCCUCUAGACUCCAUUCUCUUGCUUUUAGCCUUGGAUCUUGUGCUGAUCAUGGAAUCCGAUGAGUCUGCCUUCCUCAACAACAUGCUUGCACCACCCAUGGCACCCGACAAGCGAACAAAGAGGUACUUUGCAAGCUCUAGCCAUGGCCAUAUAUUGUUUGAGCAAGAUCUACUGGCUACUAGUUCUAUGCAAGCCAGUGAUGCUCAACUCAUGGGAGACCCCCUCGAGGCGAGGUCCCUUGUGGCAAGCAUAGGUAUGACUCCAGCAGGUUUUGAAAUGCCAGAGGGGGAAAUUUUAUCCCGUGGCUACCACGCUCUUGGUGGUACUCCAGUCGACAUUGCUCCAGCUCCUCAGCCACAAAUCGAAAGUAGCAACAAGCCAACGGCUUUCAAAGGACCAUGGACCAUGGAAGAGGAUAGCAUUUUGAGGGAUAUGGUAAUGCAUCAUGGUGAAGGGAGGUGGUCCCUGGUAGCACAAUCUUUGCCUGGCCGGAUUGGCAAGCAGUGCCGUGAAAGAUGGAUCAAUCAUGUGGAUCCCAACAUCAAGAAAAAUGACAUAUGGACGGAGGAGGAGGACAUAGUGCUUAUCCAAGCCCACAAAUCCUUUGGAAGCCACUGGUCAACAAUAGCGAAGUUCCUCCCAGGCUGGCCAGAGAACGCCAUCAAGAACCACUGGAACUCAACCAAGCGCAGCCUAGGCUCAAAGCGCCGACUGAAGAAGAAGAAGAGCCAACAAGCGCCACCCGGGCAGCUCUCCGUCCUGGAGGAGUACAUCCGGAGCCUGGAAUCGGACUCCAGUUCGGCAGCACCACCGGCGGCAACGUCCAGACCAGCCAUCGGUCGUCCGAGGAGGGCCGUCCACACAUCGGCGGUGCCUGAGAUGGAACUGCACCUCAGUGCCCCCAAUAACCAAGAUGCACCGGUGCGCCACCAGCCCCGGGCCAUCAGUCAAGGCAAUCCGAUGCUUCCAGACCUGAACGUCAGCUAUGAUCCAGAGGAGACGCACUAUAUGGGGUACCCUAUGUAUGAUCCCGCGGCGGCGCCGCAGCUACAGCUGGUUAGCCAAGAGCCCCGGCAAGCCACCUUCACUUGGCUCCCGUUUGGUGGACCUCGCAUGGCGCUGAACGGAGAGCACGCAUCUGGUCCGUCGUCGUACGACGUCGGUGGAUCCUCCGGCAACGCCGGCUACUACAGUGAAGCAGGGCCAAGCAACGUCGGUGGCAGCGGUGGUGACGGCCAAGCUGAUGACGACACCACCAACAAUGACGACCUUGACCUAGCGUCGAGGGAGUUCUUCAUGCCCUCCUGUGACGAGGUGCGUCUUGGCUUGGCCAGGUUCAAGUGAGCUAGGCAGACGACCGGGGGCUCCGGCCGGUUGUUGCUUCGCUACCUAUUUUGCAAAAUGGUAAGAGUAUCUUGGUGUGCAUGAGUGGCAGAACACUCGUACUUUAAUGAUUUAGAACUCCUUUUGUGAGCCGUGGAUUUUGUUUAAAUGAACCCUGUCGUUGUUGUACAAGACUCUUUCAGCAUCUGCAUGAAUUUCAUGUUCCCUUUUGAUUCUUGCU